AUGUUGCAAUACGAAAACUACUACUACCUUGAGCCCGAAGUGGUGCUUGUCCCCUCGUCGGGCCCAGGCUGUUGCCAGGUGGUGGCGGCGAGAGAAGCGGCUCGAGCAGAAGCGGCUCGCCGGGAAAUCGCCCGCCAACGGGAAAUCGCCAUCCACAACGAGAUUGUACGCCAACAGCAAUUGGCUCAGCAGAAAGCUCAGGAGAUUGCCCACCAGCAGAUGGUGGAGGAAUACGCCUUGCAAAUUGCUAGAGAGCGAGCUGAGGCGAUUGCCAGACAGGAGAGAGAAGAGAUGCUUAGACGCCAGCAGGAAUUGGCCCACCGGCGGGCGGUUGAACUCGCUCGUAAAAAGGCGCAAAGACAAGCGCAACGGGAGGCGAAGCGCAAGGCCCAGGCCGAGGCCGAGGCCAAGGAACAAGCGAGACAACGCAUGGAACAAUUGCUCCAGCAACAAGCACAACAAUUGCUCGAGCAACAAGUGCAACAAGUGGCCAAGCAACGGGCCUACGAACAAGCAGUGAGGGAAGCGGCUGCUCGCCAACAGCGUCAGAACCGCCAGCAGCCGAGAGUGUUCACCCGUGAAGAUGCUAAGCGGUACGUUGUGAUUCUCAAAGGUGUGGAACUGGCCAAAUUGAAUGUGCUGUACUUGAGAGACGAGAACCAAGUGGUGGUGGAAUUGGGCGAGAAAUUGCCCGGUUACUCUACUGCGGAUACGGUGACGAUCAACUUUGCCGAACCCGUCGAUGGGUACCACGUGGUGGGCCAAAUCAUCGAAGGCGACUUGGUCUUGACCUGUCCCAAGAAGGAGACUUUGACUAUUGCCCCCACUGAGACUACUAACGCUACUGCUGAAACCGAAAAGGAACUGACUGACGCUAAUGGCGAUGCUAACGACGAUGCUAACGACGACGCUGAAGAGGAAGAAUCGGAAGCUGAAACUGCAUCGGUGACUCAGGAACUGGACUGGGAAGACGUCGACGAAGAUAAGGAAGAAGCCGCUAAGGAAGCUGAACCGGAAACUAAGGCUGAUGAGGCUGAAGCUAAAGAGACUGAUGGUGAUGCCAAACCGGCUGAACCGGUGGUGGAAGAACCUGCCGAACCCGAAGUGGAAGAGCCUGAGGAAGCCGUCGCCGUCGAAGUGACCGAAGUCGAAGCCCUCGAGAGAAAACGUCGCCUGUCGGAACUGCUGGAAUCGGAUGAGAAGAAGAUUAAGUCCCAACAGAGUCUGCCCAAUGUCAAGCCAGUAGUGGUUCGCCAUGUCACUCUUGAAGAAAUUGAGGACGCCGACUUAAGCCUGUAA